AUGGAUGGUGGUGCGGCAGGUCAGCCAGAGGAGGAACCCAACUGCACCCAAUGCAAGAUGACUGCAGGCAAAUCCUUUCCUGGACUCCGUGGAUGGGAAGCUGCUGCUGUGUGUGAUGCUGACCAUGGUGGUCGUGCUCAUCCUCCUCCUCGUGGUCCUCUUGUGCUGGCGCACCAGCGAUGGCGCCCCAGACCCCGGGGGUCAGUCCUCACACCUCUGGGUUCGCGAGUGCGGGGUCAGGACAGUGACGUCCGGCCAGAGACAAGCUUCCUGUCCAGCGUGGUCAGUGACGGGAUCACCUUGCCAGUCUUCCCGGACACCUUUCCUAACGACGACGACUCCUUGCCUCUGAACAUCCAGUGUCCAAGUCUUUUCGACACCUUCCCAUCACUCAUACGGGACCUGUUCGUACCUGCUACCCGCAGUGAGAAGCGAACCGUGGCCGGCAAGCUAGUGGUCAGUCUGGCCAGACAGGUGGAUCACAAGGGCGAGCUCCUGGUGCUGGACAACAUGGGCAUCUCACUUCUGGUUCCCCCAGGAGCCGUGGCCCGGGGUCGGCAGCAGUUGGUGAGUCUGGUGCUCAGCUGGGAGUUCAGCGACUUCCCGCACAUGACCAACACCCAGGCGCUGGUCAGCCCCGUGGUGUACUGUGGACCUCACGGACUGAGGCUGGACAAACCGUGUGUCCUGUCCUACAAACACUGCGCCUUCGAUCCCCGGAUGAUUCAGGUGGUGUCCAGUGAAACAGAACUAACGGAGGAGAAGAACUGGCAGGUCAUGUGCUCAGCUGAAGACAGCAGCGGCAAGGUUUCCUUGACAACGGAUGAAUGCCAGAUUCAUCUGCAACACUUCAGCCUCUUCGCCUGUCUGCAGACGCCACCAGAGGGAAGCAGUGGCAAGAAAUGGCUGCAGAUCGCCGCGUUCUGUGCUCCUCUGCACCGCAGCGUGCAUCACUACCAGGUGCGCGUGUACUUCCUCAACAAGACGCCAUGCGCGCUGCAGUGGGCCAUCCAGAACGAGGCCAAGUAUGGCUUUCGCCUGGCUUGCCCGGAACACACCUUCCUCUUCGACGGCUGCGGCGAUGACGUGAACCUCACGGUGGGCUACGUGUCACGUGGCUGGUGCGCCGUCAGGGAGGCUCACCACGAGGCAGACAGCGACGACGAGGAGCGCGUGUCGUUCCACGCCAUCUGGCAUGGCAAGUGUCCGCACCUGGCCUUCUGCUUCAAGCGCGUCUGCCUCGCCGACACCCCUAGGCUCCUGUCCUCCUCCUCCUCCUCCUCGGCCGCGCGGGAAGGGCUGACCAGUGACGUCAUGAGUUCGGACACGGCGCUUCCGGCGCUGGUGCAGACGCACGUGCGAGAGAUCAACCUGGACUUGUCCAUCUACCAGCACAGUCACCGCAACAACCCGGACCGCAUCAACCUGCUGCUGACGGAGGUCGCGGAGCCCGACCUGACCCCGCACCCGCCACCCAGCGCACACGACCCCACCUGCAGCACUCCUACCUUCCUCCCAACCUGCGACCGUCACGGCGUCAGCAUCACCAUGCCAUCCAUGCACGUGCAUGGCGGGGUCAUCAAGGGAAAGGUCAAGCUGGACCCUCACUGUAGCGGCGCCAACGUGCUGGUGGACUUCGAGCGCGAGGCGGACUGCGUGGAGGAUCUGCCAUUCCCCUCGCUGACCAAGCUGGUUGGGAAGAGCUGCGAGGGGCAGAUGAAUGUGUACCCGCAGGAACUGAAGGUCAAGCUCAAAAUGAGGCUGGACCCCCCUUCGCCGUUUGGAAACGACUGGAGGAUGCUCGCCUCUAGUGUCGGGCUGGAUCAGUGGAUUCCGUGGCUGUCGUCUACCGACAACCCGACCCUGAGCGUGCUGUCCUACAUGGAGACGCAGCAGAUGGACCUGGUGUGUCUGUACUACAAGCUCAGCGACAUCAGCCGCUGUGACGCGGCCAGCGACGUCCAACGCUUCUUGCAGGACAGAGAGGUCGCCACGGUCCAGCAUGGGGAACAUUCCGAUGGACAUCGGUCAGCGACUGGAACUUCUGAUGUCAUGAUUACGCCUAUAGUCAGUGCUGCACGUGCUUCUGAGUGACAGACAGACAGACAGACAGACAGACAGACAGACAGACAGACA